AUGGCAGGCGUCCAAGCGAAUCGAGUCAGGAGAUCAGGACGGGAGGGCAACUGGUCGUCUGCCUUUGUCAUCGCAGCCCGAAUCCCGCUCCUUUCUCCACCUCCAUCGUCUUCAACGACCCUCCCUCGCUUCAUAGAGCUUCCUCCUGCACUAGGAAUCGAAACUCUCGCCAUGGCCGACCGAAAAAUCCGCCAGGAUGACUCCAUCCUCAUGCACAUCCACGACCCCGCCGACGGACCGGUCCUGCCCAAGGAGGACGUGAACAACGUGCCUCACCUGGGCAACAUUAUUGGUUCGACGCUGUCUGCCGACGUUUUCGCUCGUUACAACCGCAUCCAGAACAUUCCUACCCUCUUUGUUUGUGGAACCGAUGAGUACGGAACUGCCACCGAGACCAAGGCGCUCGAGGAGGGCGUCACCCCCAUGGAGCUUUGCACCAAGUUCAACAAGCUCCACACCGAGGUCUACAAGUGGUUCCAGAUCGGCUUUGACCAGUGGGGACGUACUUCGGACCCUGCUCAGACGGAGGUCACUCAGGACAUCUACAAGCACAUCCAAGACAACGGCUACUUUGAGCUGGAGACCUCGGAGCAGACCUACUGUGAGGAUGACAAGCUCUUCCUUGCGGACCGUUUCGUUGAGGGAGAGUGCCCGAACUGUGGUUACGACGACGCCCGUGGAGACCAGUGUGACAAGUGCGCGCUUACUUUCUCCUCGCCCACUGAGCUCAAGAAUCCCCGCUGCAAGAGGAAUAAGAACCACAAGGUCUCCGUCCGUCCCUCGACUCAUGCCUGUAUCCGCCUGAACGCUAUCCAGCCCAAGCUCGAGAAGUGGCUUCAGGAGCAGCGCGUCAAAGGCAAGUGGGCCAGCAACGUCGUCAUCACGGACAAGGGAGAGAUUGUCGAGCCCCGUAUGCUGGGAGAGGGUCUUCGCCCGUCCGCCGUCACCCGUGACCUCAAUUGGGGUGUCGCCGUGCCCAAGGUUGGCGACCCCGAGGCCGACGAGAAGCUCGCCAACAAGGUUAUCUACGUCUGGUUUGACGCUCCCAUUGGUUACAUCUCGAUGACCAAGUCCUACACCGACGAGUGGCAGAAGUGGUGGAUGAACCCUGACAACGUCGAGCUCUUCCAGUUCAUGGGCAAGGACACAGAGUACCUGAACUACGAGGACACCAAGUUCAGCAAGAGCAGGAACAUCGGCGUCUUCGGUACCCAGGCUGCGGAGAUUGGACAGCCUCCCUCGGUUUGGCGCUACUACUUGAUCUCGAACCGUCCUGAGACUAGCGACAGCGCGUUCCAGUGGUCCAAGUUUAUCAGUGCCGUGAACAGCGAGCUGCUUGCCAACCUCGGUAACUUUGUCAACCGUGUCAUCAAGUUUGUCAACGCCAAGUUCGACUCGGUUGUUCCGGGACCGUCCGACACCAAGGGUGGCGAGGUUUCGGAGACUCCCCGCGACAGCUCGGAGGGAGCGAAGAUCGACGCCGAGUUCUACAAGGACAUCAAUGCCAAGCUUCAGGAGUACAAGGAGGCCAUGGACGCGACCAAGCUGCGAAACGGUCUCUUCCUGGCCAUGUCGCUGUCUGCCCGUGGAAACCAGUACCUCCAGGACAGCGGCCUCGACAAUGCGCUCCUCGCCGAGAACCCCGAGCGCUGCGGCGAGGUCUGCCUCAACGCGAUCAACCUCAUCUACGCCCUGACUGCCGUCUUCCACCCCUUCAUGCCCGAGACGUCCGAGGACAUUCUCAAGCAGCUCAACGCUCCCGCCCGCACCCUCCCGCUUAAGUUCUCGAUUGACAUCCUCCCCGGCCACAAGCUCGGCAAGGCCGCGCACCUGUUCCAGAGGAUCGACAACACGGACGGCAAGGCCGAGCUCAAGUGGAAGCGUCAGUUCGGCGGCGUCGACGCUGCCGCUGCUGACGGUGCCGAUGCUGCCGCCGACAAGCAGGCGAAGGCGCCCAAGGCCGAGGACCACAAGGGCAACUGGGCCAAGGCGAACGAGGCGAAGAAGAAGAAGGCUGAGGCCGCUGCUGCUGCUGCGGCUGCCAAGUCGCCGGAAGAGCGUGAGCUGGAGAGCAAACUUGAGGCUCAGAACCUGCUCGUGAAGAACAUUCGCACAGGCAAGGCCGAGGGUGACGCCGCUAAGGAGGGAGCUGCCGCCAGGGCGCUCAAGGCUCAGCUGCAGGAGCUCCGCAAGAAGCUCAAGGAGGCCAAGAUCUAA